AUGGCCUCAGCAUCAUUGAAAAGCGCCGGAAAAUAUCUUUACCCCCGAGAGACAUCUCGUCAUGCCGCGACCAUUCUCGGGUUUCCAUCCAAGGUCUCCAUCGCCCCGGCCUACUAUGAAAGCGCAUGUACCGAUAUCGCCAACCUGGCCGCCGCAAUUUCGGCUCACGAGCCAGUGAGACUAUACACGCGGCCCGAGGAUGUGCUGAAAGCAAACUCAAUGGUUGGUCAGGCAGUCACGAAGUAUCCCGGGGACAGUUCAAAUGUUUCUGUUAUUCCAUUCCUCACAAACCAUCUUUGGGUCCGUGAUACAGGCCCUGUCUAUGUACACGGAGUUGAUGAAUACGCCCGAAAGCAGCGUUUUGCGAUCAAUUUCCGCUUCAGUGAAUGGGGAAGAAAAGAUGACAUUGGUGACCACGAUCGAGCCGCUGACGGUCUUGAAUGGCCCGUUAUGGAGAGUGAACAGCUUCAGGAAAACACAACAUUUGCUCAACGAGUCAUUGAAUCCGAUGUCUCUCCGUCUCCGGUGACUACAGUGGAAUCAAAGCUUUGUUUGGAGGGGGGUGCAUUAGUUGUGGAUGGCGAAGGAACACUUCUGGCCACAGAGAGUAGCAUCCUCAAUGAAAACCGCAAUCCAAAUCUUUCUCGUGCUGAGAUUGAGGAUGAAUUACGCCGAGUGCUAGGAGUUGAGAAAAUCAUCUGGUUCCCGGGCAAGAAAGAUCUGGAUGUGACUGAUGUACAUGCUGAUGCGGAAGUGAACUUUAUUCGACCCGGUGUUAUUGUCCUCUCACGCCCCCAUUCCAGCGCCCCUCAGGAAUGGAUUACGGUUUAUAAGCAGAUCAGGGAAAUUCUAGAACAGUCAGUUGAUGCGAAAGGUCGUCAUUUCGAAAUACACACCGUCAAUGAACCGAAUCCUCGAUGUUUGGGAGAGUUAUUCUAUGAGGAACCAGCGACAAACUAUGUCAACUUUUAUUUCGUGAAUGGAGGGCUCAUUCUUCCCCAGUUUGGAGACAGCCAGAGAGAUCAAGAAGCUUUGGAUUUGUUUGAGAGGCUGUGUCCUGAUCGUGUGGUUCGCCCGGUGCAUGUUACUGGGCUUCCUCUGGCCGGAGGGGUGAUUCACUGCGCAACCCAACCAAUCCUUGCUACCGAAGUUUGA